UGCCCCCGUCCAUCCCCCUGGUCCUCCCCAGUCCGGUGGAUUCAUGCUCAGCUCUCGCCCUCCUCGGUCGCCAUGCAGAACAACCACCACAAGGAGCAUCUCUAUAAGAUCCUCGUCAUAGGUGACCUCGGAGUUGGGAAGACCAGCAUCAUCAAGCGGUAUGUCCACCACAACUUCAGCCCCAACUACAGAGCCACCAUCGGGGUGGACUUCGCGCUCAAAGUCCUCAACUGGGACCAGGAGACGGUGCGCCUCCAGCUGUGGGACAUCGCAGGUCAGGAGCGGUUCGGCAACAUGACCCGAGUGUAUUACCGUGAAGCCAUGGGCGCCUUCAUUGUGUUUGAUGUGACACGGCCCGCCUCCUUCGAGGCUGUCACAAAGUGGAAAGAGGACUUGGAUUCCAAACUGACACUUGCCAACGGGAAACAUGUGGCCACUGUGCUCCUGGCGAACAAAUGUGACCAGGGUCGGGAUGUACUGACCAAUAAUGGAAUAAAGAUGGAGCAGUUCUGCCAGGAAAAUGGCUUCGUGGGAUGGUACGAGACCUCCGCUAAGGAGAAUAUCAACAUUGACGAAGCAGCCAACUGCUUGGUGAAACACAUCAUUGCCAGCGAGAACGACAUGCUCCAGUCGGAGGUCUCCGACACCAUCACCCCACAGUUAGAGAAGGACAAAGGAGGAACAUGCUCCGCCUGCUUCAGGUCCCAGUAACGCUCCUCCUGCAUGUCAUUAUACACACACACACAUCAGUUCACGUCUGAGCAGCAGAAGGAGAACUUCUAUUUUUAUUGUCUUUUUCUUUUUUGUGUGGGAAACCGUUUUCCCGCCGGGUAGCUCAGGUGGGUGGAGGGGGCGUCGGAGCGGGGCGGGGUGGCUGACGGGAGAGGCAGCUGGCCCAAACAAUUCCAUGGACUGAAACAGAAACAGAAAAGAGAGGAAGAGAGAUGGUUGCAGCUGGGUGCGCUUGUCAAAGGCAAGGUCACCCUCUGGGCGACUUCAAGCCUUGACACUGCCACUCCGGUUGCCAUGGAGACACAGUUAAUGAACACAUGCUCGGAGAGGUUGCAGCAAAUCACAGCUGACUGUAUCGACAGUAAAGGUCUGUGGAAGUAAUCACUAUAUAUAUAUAUAUAUAUAUAUAUAUAUAUAUAUAUAUAUAUAUAUAGGAACCAUGGUGUCUGUCUCUCUUUCUUCUUCUGCUUUCACCCUCAGUCUUGAUUUUUUUCUGCUGACAGUUUGGAGCAAUAUGAAGGACUGUAAAUGCCAGCUAUCACACCUCCAUCGCCUUCUCCUCAGUCCUGAUCAGCCACGUUGCUUCUGUACACCCGGUUUAUAUCAUCUGUGAGGCUAAUAGUGGGAGCAAAAUGACCUGUGUGUGCAUGUGUGUGUGUGUGUAAAAAUGUGUUAGUAUGUACCAUUAGCAGAUUUUUGUUGUGUUUGCCUAUGAGGACCUGUGAAUGUCUGCCUCGUCCUCCACGUCAGGCAGGUCUUCAGUCAGCUAGAAUUUUUCAAGCCCUCAACUGCUGCUGACUGACUCGCGCUUGUCAGGUCUGUGCUGUGUCUUCCAGGCGUGACAGAAGUGAGCCUGUGAGUAAAGAGGGCGAAGAAAAAACUGUAGCUCCUGAAAAAUCUUCAUCGUGGUAAAAGCAGCAAAACUCCACCUGUAGGAAUGGAGCUGACUGAGAAGCUCACAUGAGGGGAAGUUAAAUGGAGAGACGUUUACAAGUCCUCUCAGGCAUGCACAAGUCCCAAUAUGCUGACUUUGAACAUAUUUCAUGUGCACAGAUUGUAUAAUACAUGCAGGAAGUCACACACAAAUUGUGACACACUCAUGCAAAUCUAUGUAUGCAAAUGUGUGAGAAUGAACAGAUAAAUCUCAAUAUGAAGACAAAUAAUUAUAUGCAAACAUAAAUCAGACACACAGCUCUCCACAUGAACACACAAGUCAUUUCUCCACAAUAAUCAUCAGUUUUUACGGCACUGCUCCGUGUGCUGUCUGUUCUUAUGGGUUCAUACACUCACUGCCUUCAGUAAUGCGAUGUAUAUCAGAUUAUAUGGAUGUAAUUAAAGUGCCUUUUCUAACACUACCCAUUUAAUUUAAUGUCUUCAACAGAUAUAUUCUUGCUGUAUGUGUUAUUUAUGAGUGCUCUCAAAGGUGCACAUUUUUUUCUUUCAUUUUUGUCACCGAGGAGGAAUCCAGCUCAUUUCCACUCCUGCAAAACUCUAUGGUAAACAUUCAAUGUGUGUUGGAAAAAAAAAAAGGAAAAAAAAGAAAAAAAAGUUGUAUUAAAUUAAGGAUGAUGUCUAAUAUAUCCUUUUUUUUAUUCAGUGGUUUUAUAUUUAAUUUCUAUUCCACUGUGAAAUACUUGUACUAUGUGUAAUUAAGGGUUAAAUGCAAAUGUGUAUACAGCUUUGUACAUAUCGUACACAGCAACUAAGACGGAUUAUAGAGCCAAAGAUGUAUCCCAUGUCUUUAUGAAUAAACCAUAGAUUUACUGGC